AUGCUGUACCAGGAAAAAAAGGAAGACAAGGCAACCAGAAGCCUAAUAGAAGACGCUUCUUUGUUUUUGUGGUUCGUGAAUGCAGUGAAUUCUGGGGGGUAUUGUAAGGUAGUUAAGAGUGAAGAGGACAUAUCCCUUACUCCAAAGAAAAAGUUCCACCAGAAGAUAAAGUUCAAGGCAUAUAGCAUGAGUGCUGACAAUAUCAUGUAUGAGAAGAGGGACGAGAUAGCUUUUGAAGAAGAUAGAAAUGGAUUUAUAUGUGCACAUUGUGAUGCAAGAUAUGUAUACAAAAGGUGCCUAGUAAACCACCUCAUAAAGUCUCAUCAUAUAAAUUCAAACACAUUCCAUUGA